AUGAACCCAACAAAUGAUGCUCCAAUGCUUGGGGCCAUUUUUGACUGGGACUAUCUCCUCUGGGAAGUUCGUUUGAUGUUUAUAGCUGCUGGUUUUUUCAUCUACUUGGGAGUGUUCCUCCUGUCCCACUGGUUGUCUUCAUGGAAAAGUGCCACGUACCGUGCCUUGUCUGCCAAGGAGAAGGUGUUCUGGAACAUGGCAGUGACCCGUGGAGUGUUUGGACUCCAGAGCUGUGUGGCUGGGCUGUGGGCUCUGCUCAUCGAUCCAGUCUUUCAGGCUGACAAAGUGUAUUCCCAGCAAAAGUGGAGUUGGUUUAACUGUUUAAUAGCUGCUGGAUUCUUCCUGCUUGAGAACGUAGCAGUGCACGUGUCCAACGUUGUCUUUAGGACAUUUGAUGUGUUUGGUAGUUCACCAUUUGCUUGCAUUUGGUGGCUUGGCUGGUCUGGUGGUAAUGUGAGGUCUGGGCAUUACCUGCCUCUGAUGGGAAUGUUGCUGGAGAUGAGCACUCCCUCCACCUGCAUUUCCUGGAUGCUCCUGAAGGCUGGCUGUGCUGACACCUUUUUCUGGAAGGCAAACCAGUGGGUGAUGAUCCACCUGUUCCACUGCCGCAUGAUUCUCACUUACCACAUGUGGUGGGUGUGCAUCUCCAACUGGAAUUCUGUGAUCGAAAAUCUGGGGCUCCUGCACUUCAUUGUCCUCUUCUCGGGGUUGUUCGCUGUGACACUAGUUCUUAACCCAUACUGGACCUACAAAAAAACUCAGCAGCUCCUCAGCCCAACCGACUGGAACUUCGAGGAGAAAGCGAGGGAAAACGGGCAGUUAAAUGGUGAAACACGCGACAAGAAAAGGAUGUGA